UCCCGCCGCUCAGCAUCCUCCGGCGAGAGAAAAAAGAGGAGAAGAAGAAGAAGACAAACAAGGAAAAGUUUCGCAGAAGAAGAAUAAAUGGAGCAGCUAGCGGCUAGCAGCUAGCAGCGUGUAGUUUCUGAGAGGACUACACGCUGCGGGGCCCAUGGCGCCAGACACCCGGCCGAGGAAGAGGAGCAGACCCACGAAGGAGACCAAGACCAGGACCGUGCACGCCAACGUGGGCGCGGAGGACCCGAACCGGCACUACGCCAGCAACCGGAUCAGAACCACCAAGUACACGCUGCUGUCCUUCCUCCCAAAGAACCUGUUCGAGCAGUUCCACCGCUUCGCCAACGUGUACUUCGUCUUCAUCGCGCUGCUCAACUUCGUGCCCCUGGUCAACGCCUUCCAGCCCGAGCUGGCGCUGGCUCCAGUGCUCUUCAUCCUGUCCGUCACCGCCGUCAAGGACCUGUGGGAGGACUACCGGAGACACCGCUCAGACACAGACAUCAACCACAUGGACUGCCUGGUGUUCAGCAGAGCGGAGCGACGCUACGUGGAGAAGUUCUGGAAGGAGGUCCGGGUGGGAGACUUCAUCAGGCUGCGAUGCAACGAGAUCCUCCCCGCCGACGUCCUGCUGCUGAGCUCCAGCGACCCGGACCGUCUGUGCCACAUCGAGACCGCCACGCUGGACGGAGAGACCAACCUGAAGCAGAGGCAGGUGGUCCGCAGCUUCUUCGACCUGGAUUGUGAUUUUGACCCGUUAAAGUACAACGGCAUAAUUGAAUGUGAGAAGCCCAACAACGACCUGAACCGGUUCCGAGGCUACAUACUCCAUCGUAGCGGCAGCAGAGACGCCCUCUACAAAGACAACCUGCUGCUGAGAGGCUGCACCGUCCGCAACACGGAGGAGGCCGUGGGCAUCGUCAUCUACGCAGGUCACGAGACCAAAGCCAUGCUGAACAACAACGGGCCGCGCUACAAACGCAGCAAACUGGAGCGUCAGAUGAACGUGCACGUGUUCUGGUGCGUCAUCAUCCUGCUGGUCAUGUGUCUGUUCUCCGCCGUCGGUCACGGGCUGUGGAUGUUUCAGUACGGAGAUAAGAGACCCGUGUUUGACGUGCUCAGUCCGGAGGGGACGGCCUUAUCGCCCGUCAUGUCAGCCGUUUACCUCUUCCUCACCCUGAUCAUCGUCUUUCAGGUGCUGAUCCCCAUCUCCCUCUUUGUGUCCAUUGAGAUUGUGAAGAUCUGCCAGGUGUUCUUCAUCCAUCAGGACUUGGACCUGUACGACGAGGAGACGGACUCCCAGCUGCAGUGCAGAGCUCUGAAUAUCACCGAGGACCUGGGCCAGAUGCAGUACAUCUUCUCCGACAAGACGGGCACGCUGACGGAGAACAAGAUGGUGUUCCGCCGCUGCACCGUGGCGGGGGUGGAGUACUCCCAUGAUGCUAAUGCUAGAAGACUUGCGAUGUACCAGGAGAUGGAUUCAGAAGAGGAGGAGUGCACGUCUCACGGCGGCACCCUGCCCAGACGGGACAGCGUGAGCAGCCAUCAGAGCGCCCGUGUGGUGCUGCGCUCCCAAAGCACCAAGUCCCACCGCAGGACCGGCAGCCGGGCCGAGGCCAAGCGGGCCAGCAUCCUGUCCAAGCACACGGCCUUCAGCAGCCCCAUGGAGAAAGACGUCACCCCCGACCCCCAGCUGCUGGACAAAGUCAAUGAGUGCAGCAGUCAGAUGGACUUCAUGCGCUUCCACAGCCAGCCCGUCUCCCAGCUGCCCUCUGACCUCGCCGACGUCAUGGACUUCUUCAUCGCUCUCACCGUCUGCAACACGGUGGUGGUGUCCUCCCACCAGCCGCGGCACAAGGUCCGGAUGCGGUUCGAGCUGAAGUCUCCGGUGAAGACCAUCGAGGACUUCAUCAAACGCUUCACCCCCAGCCGACUGACCUCCGGCUCCAACAGCAGCAGCUCCUCCAGCCUCGUCACCAACCGCUCCUCCAACAAAGGCAGCCUUCUGUCCUCGCCGUCCGCCGAGAGCACACUCACCAAGCUGCACGAGGAGCAGACGCCCUUCACCCCCGUCCCGCCCAGCUACGACGGGACGCCGUGGCGCCCGGAGGAGGGCGAGCUGCGCUACGAGGCAGAGUCGCCGGACGAGGCGGCGCUGGUCUACGCCGCCAGGGCCUACAAGUGCUCCCUCGUCGGACGGCUCCCGGACCAGGUGACCGUGGAGCUGCCUCACCUGGGGAAGUUAAACUUCGAGCUGCUGCACACGCUGGGCUUCGACUCCACCAGGAAACGUAUGUCCGUGGUGGUCCGGCACCCUCUGACGGACCAGAUCACGGUCUACACUAAAGGAGCGGACUCUGCCAUCAUGGACCUCAUCAAACCCCCCGACACAGGAAACUCCAAGGGGAGGCGCCAGAAAAAGAUUGUCAGCCGGACGCAGAACUACCUGAACCUGUACGCUGCAGACGGCCUCCGCACGCUGUGCAUCGCUAAGAAGGUCCUGAGUAAGGAGCAGUAUUCCUGCUGGCUGCAGCGCCACCUGGAGGCUGAGACGGCCAUCCAGGGAAGAGAGGAGCUGCUGUUUGACUCGGCACUACGACUGGAGACGAACCUCCAGCUUCUGGGAGCGACGGGCAUUGAGGACCGGCUGCAGGACGGCGUUCCUGAAACCAUAGCGUCUCUGCGGCGGGCCGGUCUUCAGAUUUGGGUUCUGACGGGAGACAAACAGGAGACGGCCGUCAACAUCGCCUACGCCUGCAAGCUGCUGGACCCGGAGGAGGAGAUCCUCACUCUGAAUGCUGAUUCUCAGGAGGCGUGUGCGUUGCUGCUGGAGGAGAGUUUACACUACAUCCAGGCCAAAUUCCUCUGCACCACCUCGGACCAAGCUGCCAAAACCUUCCACAGCAACUUCUCCCCCUUUGAGAUGUACCCCCCCUCGUCUCCCUCCUCCUCCCCCCACAGCGCUCCCGUCACGGUGCACCGGCUGGGCCUGGUGAUAGACGGCCGGACCUUGGCCUACGCUCUGGAUAAGAGUUUGGAGGACAAGUUUCUGGCGGUGGCUCAGAGCUGCCGCUCGGUGCUCUGCUGCCGCUCCACGCCGCUGCAGAAGAGCAUGGUGGUCAAACUGGUGCGGAACAAGCUGAAGGUCAUGACCCUAGCCAUCGGUGAUGGGGCCAAUGAUGUCAGCAUGAUUCAGGUAGCAGAUGUGGGCAUCGGCAUCUCUGGACAGGAAGGAAUGCAGGCGGUGAUGGCCAGUGACUUUGCUCUGCCACGGUUCCGGUACCUCCAGAAGCUGCUGCUGGUCCACGGACACUGGUGCUACUCCAGACUGGCCAACAUGAUCCUCUACUUCUUCUACAAGAACGCUAUGUUCGUGGCGCUCAUCUUCUGGUAUCAGUUCUACUGCGGGUUCUCUGGUUCGGCCAUGAUCGACCAGUGGUAUCUCAUCUUCUUCAACCUGAUGUUCUCCGCCUUCCCACAACUCAUCACUGGCACUCUGGAGAAAGACGUGACGGCAGAGACUCUCCAACAGCUACCUCAGCUCUACAUCAACGGACAGAACUCUGAGGAAUAUAAGCCAUACAUGUUCUGGAUGAACAUGAUCGAUGCCUUCUACCAAAGUCUGGUCUGCUUCUUCAUCCCCUACUUUGCCUACGCUGACUCUGACGUGGAUCUGUUUACAUGGGGGACUCCCAUCACCACCCUGGCUUUACUCACCAUCCUGGUUCACCUCGGCAUUGAGACCAAAACCUGGACGUGGAUGAACUGGGUGUCCAUCUCCUUCAGCGUUGGUUUGUUCUUCACCGUGGCUCUCUGUUAUAACGCCUCCUGUCCGUCCUGCUUCUCCCCCUCUAACCCCUACUGGAGCAUGCAGAGGCUGCUGCAGGACCCGCUCUUCUACCUGCUGUGUGUCCUCACACCUGUAGCCGCGCUGCUGCCCAGAUAUUUCUACCGGGCGUGUCAGGGCACGCUGUUCCCGAGUCCCGUCCAAGUCGGAAGACAGUUGGAUAAACUCCCGGCUGAGACACGCAGGAACAUCCUGAGCCUCAGCGGGGUCAAGGCGGGGUCGGCGCUCCAGCCCAAGCCUCACUUCCUGUCUCUCACCAAGACGUCUCCUGAGGCCGGCAGUAAAAACCAGCAGAGAGACGAUCUGUACGCAGGAGAUCCCACGGAGAAGGACACGCUCCCGUACACUAAAGACGCCGCUAAGCUCCCUGUGGAGCCGCGGCGUCCGUCCACCAAAGACUCCGAGUGUCCCCGUGAGACUUUAGAGGCGUCGGACCUGAGCGCCUCCUGCGGCGUUUCCUCAACGCCUCAGCUGCUGCCUCAGACGGCCAGCGUCCAGCUCACACUGCCUCUAGACGGAGACUCUCACUGCGUCAAAUACAGCAGGAACUCUGACCACGCCGUCCAUCCGGCGCCGUCGCAGCACACCGUCCUGUGACGUCUCAGAAGUCUCACGUACGACACUCAAACUCCAAUUUGCACAAUAGUUUUUAUAAAGAAAAGUCUAAUUUUAUUGUAUUUUACAAGCAGAUUCUUUUAUAAAAGAGACGGAUAGGUACUUUAUAUUUUGGAUCUUUAGAGCUCAAGAUAUUUUUGAGGCUUUGAAGAUUGAAGAACUGGAAUAUCUCCUGUUUGUUUCCUUUUUUUAAAUCCUGGAAAUGUUUUUAUUUCAAAGAUGCAUCUCAGCGGUCGAUCAGGUGCUUUAGACAUUCCACGACGUUUUAUUAUGUUUCUCUGAGAUGUUUUUCCGUUCGUUCUGUCAGAUUUCAGAUGAAGAUCAGAGAGUUUAUGUGUCUUAAGUUCCUACAGAAUCGUGUUUCAGUGCAGAUUCUCAAAGAGUUUGAUCUCCACGUUGAUCAGACAUUAGUGGCAUUGAGUCUCACUUCAGACCUGGACCAGUGUAGAGCUGUUCUGUGUUUCACGACAUUCCACUGAAUAAUUAUGAGCUUUAAAGAUGAUCGUGCCUUAUUACACUUCUUUUUACAGAAACAAUCUACCAGUAAUGAUGCUCCGUGUGUGUGUGCGUCUGUGUUUGUUUUACCGUCUUGUGGGGACAUGAAUCUGAUCACACAGUCACGUUGUGGGGACUCAACUUUUUUGGAGAAAAAAAUGCAAAGUCCCAAUAACAUAAAUCAUUACAUUUUAAGGUGAAGACUUCAAGGUUUUGUUUAGGUUUAUGUUGGUAGCGGUUAAAACCCGUGUGUGUGUGUGUGUGUGUGUGUGUGUGUGUGUGUGUGUGUGUGUGUGUGUGUGUGUGUGUGUGUGUGUGUGUGUGUG